AUGUUGAAGGCAAAGCCAUCAAGCUUCAAGUCUGGGACAUUCCAGGAAAAGAAGGAUAUGGGGCCCUCACUCAGCCUUAUUACGGAAUCGCCAAGGGGAUCAUCCUCGCUUAUGAUUGUACAGAUAUGAAUUCAUUUUGAAACAUACCCAACUGGAUGCAACAAAUCAGAAUGUACGCCGAGGAAGACACGGUCAAGGUGCUGGUUGGGAACAAGUGUGAUGAAACUGAUAAGAAAGUCAGCACAGAGCAAGGAGAAGCAUUGGCAAGGGAGCUGGGCAUCAAAUUUUUUGAAACCAGUGCCAAAACAAACAUAA